CGCUUGGCGGAGGUAGCAGGCACUGACAGUAAGACCCGACACGCAGCGGCGGAGUCAUUGCGAAACUCAGACUUGUCCUUUUUAGCUGAGCCAUGCGAAUACGGGAUCACUAAUAGUCGGUUGGGGAUGGAUUCUUGUUUAGACUGGGGAUUGUGGCGUUGGAUUCGGCAGCAGCUGGGUUGUGAUCCACCAAAUCACAGUGAAACACGAACGGUUUAUGUCGCGAAUAGAUUUCCACAGCAUGGUCAUUACGUUCCCCAAAAGUUUGCAGACAACCGCAUCAUUUCCUCUAAGUACACUGUAUGGAAUUUUAUUCCGAAAAAUUUAUUUGAGCAGUUCAGAAGAAUAGCCAAUUUCUAUUUCCUCAUCAUUUUUCUGGUGCAGCUUAUGAUAGAUACUCCGACAAGUCCUGUAACAAGUGGUCUCCCAUUGUUUUUUGUGAUUACAGUAACAGCCAUCAAACAGGGCUAUGAAGAUUGGUUGCGACACAAAGCAGAUAAUGAAGUCAACGGAGCGCCAGUUUAUGUUGUUCGAAGUGGAGGUCUUGUUAAAACUAGAUCAAAAAACAUCAGGGUGGGAGACAUUGUCAGAGUAGCCAAAGAUGAGACCUUCCCUGCUGAUCUAAUACUUCUGUCCUCAGACAGGGUUAAUGGAACCUGCCAUGUGACAACUGCAAGCCUUGAUGGAGAGACUAAUCUUAAGACUCACUUUGCAGUCCCAGAAACUGCAGUAUUGCAGUCAGUUACUAACUUGGAUAGUCUAAUAGCAAUCAUUGAAUGUCAGCAGCCAGAAGCAGAUCUGUACAGGUUUGUUGGAAGAAUGACUGUGCGCCAGCAUUCAGAAGACAUUGUGAGACCUCUCGGGCCUGAAAACUUACUCCUUCGAGGGGCAAGGUUAAAAAACACAAAAGAAAUUUUUGAUCCUCCGAUUCAUUUCUGACUUCCUUGCAUUCCUUGUUCUUUACAAUUUUAUAAUACCGAUUUCACUGUAUGUGACUGUGGAAAUGCAGAAGUUUCUUGGUUCCUUUUUCAUUGUCUGGGAUCUUGAUCUUUAUCAUGAAGAAAGUAACCAAAGAGCCCAGGUUAAUACAUCAGAUCUAAAUGAAGAACUGGGACAGGUUGAAUAUGUAUUCACAGACAAAACUGGCACACUGACAGAAAAUGAGAUGCAGUUUCGAGAAUGCUCAGUAAAUGGAAUUAAAUACCAAGAGAUCAAUGGAAAGCUUGUGCCAGAAGGAGUCACUGUAGAUUUCCCAGAUGGGACCAUUACACAACUAAGUAAGGAAGAAGAGCUCUUUUUUAAGGCUGUCUCAUUAUGUCACACUGUACAAAUCAACUAUGACCAACCUGACAGCUGUGUAGAUGGUCUUCAUUAUGCAAAUGGGGUGUCAGGCCAAUUAGAAUAUUACGCUGCUUCGCCUGAUGAAAAAGCUUUGGUGGAAGCUUCCAAAAGGAUGGGAGUGACAUUUUCUGGGAUAAAGGGAGAAAUAAUGGAAUUAAAGUGUCGAGGAAAAUGUGAAAGUUACAAGCUACUUCAUGUCUUGGAGUUUGAUCCAAACCGCCGUCGCAUGAGUGUUAUUGUGCAAAGUCCUAAUGGGGAGACAAUACUAUUUACCAAAGGAGCAGAAUCUUCUAUCUUACCCAAUGCAAAAUGCGGAGAAAUAGAUCGAAUAAGACUGCACGUGGAUGAAUUUGCCUUGAAAGGAUUAAGGACAUUAUGUAUUGCCUAUAGAAAGUUCACAUCAGAGGAAUACCAGGAAGUAGAAAAACAACUGUUUGAAGCCAGAACGGCCUUGCAGCAGAGAGAAGAACGGUUAGCUGAAGUAUUUAAUUUAAUUGAAAAAGAUUUGGAACUUCUUGGGGCAACUGGCGUUGAGGACAAACUCCAGGAUAAAGUGCAAGAAACAAUUGAAGCCCUCAGACUGGCCGGAAUAAAAGUGUGGGUGCUCACUGGUGAUAAGCAUGAGACUGCUGUGAGUGUCAGCUUAUCCUGUGGACAUUUCCACAGGACUAUGAAUAUUCUCGAACUUGUACAACAAAAAUCAGAUCAUGAAUGUGCAGAGCAGCUGAGGCAGCUAGCAAGACGAUUGCAGGAUGACCAUGUUAUACAGCAUGGACUGGUUGUGGAUGGAGCCAGCCUUUCUCUAGCACUCAGGGGGCAUGAGAAACUAUUCAUGGAAGUCUGUAGAAACUGCUCUGCAGUAUUGUGCUGUCGAAUGGCUCCUUUACAAAAAGCAAAGGUAGUAAGACUUUUAAAAACAUCACCAGAGAAGCCAAUUACCCUAGCUAUUGGGGAUGGUGCAAAUGAUGUAAGCAUGAUACAAGAAGCGCAUGUGGGCAUAGGAAUCAUGGGAAAGGAAGGUAGACAAGCUGUAAGGAACAGCGAUUAUGCAAUUGCAAGGUUCAAAUACCUCUCAAAACUGCUUUUAGUGCAUGGUCACUUCUACUACAUCAGAAUAGCAACCCUUGUACAGUACUUUUUUUAUAAGAAUGUGUGUUUUAUAACACCCCAGUUUUUAUACCAAUUCAUUUGUUUAUUUUCACAACAAACACUGUAUGACAGCGUGUACCUGACUUUGUACAAUAUUUGCUUUACCUCUUUACCUGUUCUGAUAUACAGUCUGUUUGAACAACAUGUGCAUCCACAUGUAUUACAGACGAAACCUGGUCUCUAUCGAGACAUUAGUAAAAAUGCACUCCUGGGAUUUAAACCAUUUCUUUACUGGACCCUUUUGGGAUUUGGUCAUGCCUUGGUCUUCUUUUUUGGGUCAUAUAUUCUGAUUGGAGAAGAUACAUCUCUGUUAGGAAAUGGCCAGAUGUUUGGGAACUGGACAUUUGGCACGUUGGUCUUCACUGUUAUGGUUAUUACCGUUACUAUGAAGAUGGCCCUUGAGAUCAUUUCUGGACUUGGAUUUAAUCACUUUGUUACAUGGGGUUCUAUCGCAUUUUAUUUUAUCUUUUCCUUGUUUUACGGUGGAAUCAUUUGGCCAUUUUUGCACACGCAGGAUAUGUACUUUGUAUUCGUUCAGCUACUUUCCAGUGGUUCUGCGUGGUUUGCCAUAAUCAUCAUCAUCAUAUUUUGUCUGUUUCUUGAUGUCAUGAAGAAAGUGGUGUACAGACACGUUCAGCCUACAAAUACGGAGAAGGCACAGCUUACUGAGACAGGAUCAGGUAUCAAGUGCUUGGACUCAAUGUGCUGCUACGCAGGUGGAGAGACAGCGUGCUUGUCUUUUAGAAGAAUGCUGGAACGAAUGAUCGGACGAUGCAGCCCACCCCGGGUCACCAGAUCUUGGAGCGAAACGGAUCCCUACUAUUCAAAUGACAGAAGCAUCCUGACCCUCUCCGCCAUGGAUUCUUCCACAUGUUAGCAGGACUUUAGUCUUAAUGUCCUCUGCUUUCCAGUACAUACCUCUAAUAUAUGAAGAUAAAAUGCACUCUCCUACAUCAUCAAAAAGCUUCAAAUAUAUUUUAGAUAAAGUAAUCUUCCCAAAAUAUGAAUCAUUAACUUCUGCUGGUAUGUUAUUUAUUUUUGCAGGGUCAAAAAGUACAUAUAUUUUUUAUAUAUAUAUAUAGUUAGAAUAUAUUUUAGACUACUAUAGAUUAAUAUUUUGCAUCAUGGAACGAAUGCAUUAUUUUUCACAAUUAAAAAUACAUUUUUUGAAGCAUCUUCUAGGGUUUGGUUAUACAUGAUGUCUUUUUAUUAUUAUUUUAACUCCUGCAAAUAAAUAAUGCAGACACAUUUACAUGCAUUGUAAUUUAUAUAGGAUUCCAGAGCUGCUUUUUGAAGAUGUUAACUAUUGAAUCCCCCUUUAGACCAUUCUAAUGACCAUUUUUAUUCCAUUGCUUCUUAAAGAAUAAUACAAAGGAAUCAGUGGAUGCCAAAAUGCAGAAUCUUGUGUUAAAUUGAUGUGGAUGUGCCUGUAAUAAAGGAACAUCAAUGUAAAAAAUAAACUGCUUAAAAAACUGAAUAUAGCAGUCUUAAUCUAUUACAAAUUAUAGUAAAUAAACAUAUCUGGUGCUAAACAAUCAUGUUCUUAUCUCUGGAUUAUUCAAUUAUUGGCUGCGCCAUCUCCUAUAGUAUUCACUUAUUCAUUAUAAGUACAUGGCUAGUGGCGUUCAUAGCACUGGGCACAUUUCUUUUCCAUGCAUUUUUAAUUGGUGUAGAAUGCUUUUUGCAUUUUUGAAGGGGCUCGAAAAAUAAACUGCUAUAUCAUUAUAGUGCAAUUUAUUAUUUUUACCUUAAUGUUUCUGUAAUUAACCUUUAAAUGAUUUGUAUGUGUGUGAUAUUCCUGGGCCAUCUUGUUUUUUCAGGUUUUUUUAAUCCAAUAUUAUUCAUAAUGUAAAACUGUCUUAACUUUUGCUAAACGGUUUCAGAUGUUCGAAAAUUAUUACAGAUCUAAUAUACUAUGUAUAUUUAUGCAGGUUUUUUCUUUUUGUCUCCCAAAGAUCAUAUUUUAAAUAUUAUUUAACUUUAGGUUCAGAAAGAGGUAUUAUUCCAAAGAUUUUACUAAUGUUUACUGUAUUUUCUUUUAUUGAAAAUGUUUACAAUGUAAUGAUUAUAUAUGUCAUUAGAACCAAUAUUUUUAGUCUUUGUUUUUUUGUUCAGAUGAACAAACUUUUUGUAUUUAUGCUGCAAUUUAAUUUGGUUUUAUGUCUCUGUUCACCUGGAAAUAAACGGACUUAAAUUAUAGCAAAGCUCUAGUUUUUAUGUUUUAGUUAAUUAUUCUAUACACUAUUUUGCUUAUCAUUUUUUAUACAACCACUGUUUUUUUACAGGUGAAAUUGUAUUACUUUGUUGGUUAACUGACUACAUUUUAAAGAAAGACAAAAACUUGAAAUUGACGAGAUGAUAUGGCCUAGGACUUGAACUUUACAUCUUACAUUACAUUGAUCCAUUUCUUGUACAAGCAUAUGAUCUGGCAAUUGACUAUAGAUCAGUUUCAAUUCAUUAUGGGGAUAAUGGAGAAAGUUGUUAAUCACUCCUUUAAAAUGAAGUAAAAUAUAUUUUAAUUUGACAA